AUGCCAUUCGGUUUGCCGGUAAGGAUACGGAUCAGGAUGGACUACCUACCCUCAUGGCCGCUGGGCAUCAGAAUCGCCUCCCAAUGCAUUUUCGGCUCUUUCACCACAUAUCUGAUUCUCGGGUUCUCCACCCUGGCCGAACCGUUGGAACGGAUGUACAAUGAAAGCAUUUACUAUCAUUAUGGGGUGGUGCUGGAUCGACAGAGCUUCGCCUACAUUGUCGGGAUGAUAAGCGCCGCCAAAAUUAUCGGCUCAAUGUUUUCACUAAUGGCCCUCUAUCCGUUAAUGGAUACCUUGGGUAGACGUGUGAUGGCGUUACAUUUCCCAUGCCUUCUUGGUGGUGUCAUCGGCGCUGCGUGCCAGAUUCUAUCCAAGGUACUGCUCUCCGUCGAGCUGUUCUUCCUCGGCGAAUUGUUCAUCGGGGCCGCUUUUCCGUUGAUGAACUAUGCAUCGAUAAUGUAUCUCAGCGAGUGCGCGCCGAAUCGGAUACGUGGCGCUACGGCUCUUAUCCUUGGUACAAGCGGAAUUACGGCCUGGAUCGGAAUGUCUGUACUAGCAAAACCACACGUUUUCGGAUCCUUUGAAAACUGGCACUACAUCCCACUCAUCUCCGCCAUCAUGGCGGUCAUCCAUUUUGCAAUUUGUGUCAUGUUCCCCGAGUCGCCAAAGUAUCUCUUUUACCAGGGAAAAAUCGCCGAGGCGUCACGAGCUAUCAAAAUUUUCCAUGGGCCCGAUGUAAAAGUCGAGGAGAUACUGGAGCAGUACGGCCGAGAACAUCACCACCCGCUAGAAGAGCAGGCGACGCUAUGGAAAGUGUGGCAGGAUACGGAAUAUCGAGAGGCCCUUCUAAUUGUCCUUCUCUUUGACCUUACCAACCAAUUAUCACCCAACAACAUUGAUGUCAACUAUCAUGUGGCGAUCAGGAAAAAGCUGGGCUACAACGUGGAUGAGAUCAUGUUCCAACGAAUAUUGAUAUCGGGGUCGCUGUUUCCGCUGAAUUUUGUGGCAGCUUAUGCGGUUGAGAGGUUCGGCCGCCGCUUCAUCACAGCAUUCUGUGGGGUUGCGCUUUUCAUCCAAGUGUUAUUCCUGGCGUCCGGCCAAGUGCUCUACGAUCUGGGGCAAAUUGGGCUGUUGUCGAAGAUUACUGGAACUGCCGUCAAUCUGCUCGGUAACCUCGUCUCCAACUCCGGCUUCGGCAACAUGACCUACCUGAUGAUGGCCGAGCUCUGCGUGCCGAGCAUAAGAACUGCCGUGGCUCAAACAGCCGCCCUAGUCGCUAUGGUCGGCCAAAUGGUCGUCUUCUCCACCUAUCCACCAUUGAUCAACAGCAUUGGGGCCUGGUACUAUGCAAUAACAGGCUUCUUCGUCGUCACGCUUUUCACCGCGAUUCUUCGGCGAUUGCCGGAGACAAGGCGAUUGAGUGUCAAUGCUAUUAUCGACAAUUUGGAGCAGGUUGUACGAUCACGAGCUAAUACUUAUCAAAUCCGGUCACGAGCACAUACCGAACAAGAUCCGCUUCUAGGGAGGAGAAAUACGGGCGAUUACUAU